CAUAGUCAAGGGGAUUGUAACUUUAAAUGGGAUUGUUCUUGCUAGAUCAGAACUUGGAGUUUCAGAAAGAUCUUGUUCAUCGUAUUCAUAUACAUGGAUCAUCACAGGAAGAAUCGCAAGCAACCUUCUAGCUCAAUCAAAGUUGAGAGAAAAAUAAUCGAGAAAAACAGAAGAAAUCACAUGAAGAUCCUCUUCAACAAUCUAUUCUCUCUUCUCCCUCAACAUUCCACCAACCCGAAGGAGCAAGGGCUAACAGUGGCAGAUCAAAUAGAGGAAACUGUGGAGUACAUAAAGAGCUUAGACAGUAAGCUGAAGAAAUCCAUGGAGGAAAAAGAAAGAUUAUUAAUGGCGAUCAGAAACUCUAGGUCAACAAGCUUCUGCAAAUCUUCGUCGUCUUCUCCGCCAAAAAUUGAGAUUGGUCAAGUGGGUUCUUCGCUGGAGAUUGUUUUGACAAGUGGGUUAGAUUAUCAGUUCAUGUUUCAUGAAAUUAUCUGCCUGAUUCAACAAGAAGGUGGUGAGGUUCUCCACGCCAAUUACUCAGUUCUGGGUAACAUGAUCUUCCACAUUGUUCAUGCAGAGAUUUCUGAAUCAAAGUUGGGUAUUGGAGCGGCAAAAAUUAUAAGAGAGAAGCUUAACAAGCUGGUGAAUGGUUGCAUGAACGACGAAGAGGAGUUAUGGGAUAUUCAAAUCCAUAAUGAAAUGUGGGGUUUCUAGAGUUUCUUCCAUGCAUCCUUAUAAUUAUGUUUUGAUAUAUCUAUAUAUAAAUAUAUAUAUAUAUGUACUUGGAACUUUAUGUAUCACAAUUGUG